UGCCACGUGGUCGCGGAUCACUUGCGUAGAACGGACCUCCAGCCGAGUUGAACUGAACACUGAAGAUAUGGCGGUGACCCGACGCAAGUCAGGGAAACAGCCAGAGACUGCGACGGAUGAGCUGUCAUCGGCUGAUCAGUCAAGCCCGUCUCGGCUCAAGGCACCUGGUCGGCCGGACAAGCCGAACAAACUACAGCGAACGCUCUCCAAUGGCGUCGUCAGAGGGCAUUCGGAAGAGCCAGGCAUGACAGACGAGAACGUCUUCCUCUUCGUGCCCAACAUCGUCGGCUACACGAGAGUGCUGCUCGCCGGCGUGGCUCUCACUUUCAUGAGCUAUCACCCAAAGUACUGCACGGUGGCGUACAUCAUCUCCUGCCUCCUCGACGCCGUCGACGGCCAGGCAGCCAGAGCGCUAGGGCAGACCUCAAAAUUCGGCGCAGUCCUGGAUAUGGUCACCGAUAGAUGCACAACAUCAUGCUUGCUCUGCUUUCUAUCGUCAUCGUACCCCAGCCUGGCGAUGCUCUUCCAGGGCCUCAUCACGCUCGACUUCAGCAGCCACUACAUGCAUAUGUACUCAUCACUCGUAUCUGGCUCGGCGUCACACAAGAACGUCACCGCGCAGCAGAGCUGGAUUCUGUGGUCCUACUACAAUAACAGCCACACGCUCUUCUUCUUCUGCGCGGGCAAUGAGCUCUUCUUCGUAUGCCUCUACUUGAUGAAGUGGUAUCACCAAGCCAUUGGCAUCCGUAGUCCGCUCAUCUAUUCGCAUCUGCCCGUCGCGAUACUCAAGAUCGUUCCGCCGACGUACUGGUCUGCGCUCGAGCGGCUCACAUGGCCCCAAUUAGUCGCAGCCAUAACUUUUCCGAUUUGUCUAGCGAAACAGAUUAUCAACUGUGUCCAGCUGUUCAAAGCAUCCAUACAACUUGCAGAGAUUGACAGGGAAGAGAGAUUCGCAGCUCAGCAGAAGUCUAGGUAACGGAGAUAGAGAUCAUCUGUCAACAAUCGUACAUUUGUACUCGGCGCCUAAUUGUAAACUAGAACGAGAUCUAUUCGCACGAAUCUGCAUUCUACAUUGCUUGACAUAUAUCCGCUUACAUCCUGUCAGCCAUGUCAGCAAACUCUCACUCAAUGUAACAGAGACAUACUGGAAAAGGAACGACAGGUCCUCCGGCGUAAGCUUGCCGAGUGCUUCCUCUGAAUCGCCGAGAGCAGCAGCGCUC